AUGCUCAUCUCGUCCGAGCUGUCGAGCUUGGGUAAAGCGCUGCACUCGGACUCGCCCAACAUGGAGACGAAGGGUGUCGCGUCCCACCGUGCCCCCGUCAGCACGCUCAACGCGCACCGUACCGGCGACGAGAUCAGCCACGACGCGUUCGUCACCGCGCUCCGAGAAGAGUUUGCAGCAACGUACCCGGGUACCAUGCCCGUGACUGUUGUGGAGGAAAAGGACGUCGACUUGCCAAAGGUCUGGGACGACGUGGCUGAUAUCAAGUCGUGGGAGUGGCAGUACGGCCAGACCCCCGAGUUCACCAACCUGAUCACUGCCGACCUGUCGUUUGGCCGCGUCACGGCGCACGUCCAUUCGCGCCACGCACUCAUCCAGUCGCUCGUGCUCGAACUGUACCCGCUCAACUCGGAGGCGAGCGAUGCGGCGCAGGACGCACUGGACCGCAUCGGCCUCGCGCUCGCGGGCACGCGGUACGAGUCCCUCGAGGACGCCGAGACCAUCCUGGGCGACUCGGUGCGCGCCGAUAUCGCAGGCGAGGUGCUCGCGUGGCUCCGUGGGGCCAUCACACCAGAGCUUUAUAACACGCUCAUUCUCAAUCUGGACAAUGUCCGCCCCGUAUCUGUCACCACGCCCACAGACCUCUGA